GUGAAAAUUACUGUUCUGUUCAGGCGCGAUCUCUGAUAUUUGAAGGUCAAACUUAAGGAUAAUGAACUUUCGCUAGUGUGUUGUCUACGCCAAGGUCUAAAAAAGGGAAUGAUACGGUCGGAAAUUUCCUGCGACAGUAACCAUUUAGUUCUUGGAGAGGAAUCUGGUUUUGGUUUACUCUCGCUUAAUCUACCUAGUACCACUCUAAGUAAAAAUCAUCAAGAUCAUUCUCCUCGUCCUUCCCUUAAAUCUUUUGGAAGUGAAAUUCGUUGUUCAAUAGAUGAAUUAGAUGCUGUCAUUGCUACGUAUGAUGUUAAUAAUAAUGAUGAUAAUGAUAUUGAAUCUAAGAAACAACAAUUAUUAACUUCUUCUUCAUUAACUAAUAUUCCUUCUAUUAAUACUUCAGUAGAUUAUUUCAAUUAUUCAACGUUUACAAAUUCUCCAUCAUUAUCAAAUCAAUUAUCUUCAUUAAGUAGAACAACAAUAACAAAUAUGAAUUAUGUAACAUCUAUUACACAUAAUAGUAAUAUCAAUGAUUAUCAUCAUCAUAAUAUUCAUGAUAUAAAUGAAAUAAGAAAAUAUUAUUAUGGAGAUCAAAUACAAAUAAAUAAUCAAUAUGAUCAAUUAGAUGUCAACUCUUCUUUGUAUCCAACAACAACAACAUCAUCAUCGUCAUAUACUUUUACAAAUUAUUGUAAUCAAAUCGAACCUUCAUUUCCAUUGCCUCCACCUGAUGCAUUUGCUUCAGAGGAUUUCCCACUUCCACCAUCACCACCACCACCACUGCCGCCUCUACUAUCAACACCAACAUCCGAGGCAACAACAGGCUCAGCCAAACCAGUAACAUUGUUAACAAGUCACUUCUCAUCAACAACAUUUUCACCUUAUACUACCAAUUCAACAUUAACAACAUUGAAUGGCGGUAAACAUCUACAGAGCUUUCCUUCUACUAAUGGGUAUUCACAGUGUCAGCCGUUUGAUCCUAAAUGUCAUGUAGAAUCAACCAUCAACUCAUAUAAUACAAAUAAUGGACAUCAUACACAACAGUUUCAUCAUAAUAUACCCACAACAAAUUCACGAAAACCAUCAAUUCCUCAAAGAGCUCCAUCCACUCGACUAACAAGUUUACCGAGUUGGCCUAAACAUCAUGACAUGGAGACACCUAUUUCUGACACUAUGAUAACAUCUAAUGCUAUGGUCACUGGAAAUAAUGGAAUAGAUCAUUCGAAAACGAAACAUUCAGUGGAGUCAUCAAAUGAGAAUAAUAAUAAUAAUAGUCACUCAAUUGAAUGUACCACAUUACCAGUACAAGAUAUAAUACGUAAAUUUGGCAGUAUACUUAUGAGUAAUGCAAAAAUAUCAAAUCAAUGCAGCACAACUUCUAAUGUACAAAGUACUUUAUCAUCUACAAUACGACCAAAUUCCAUCAAUGACUGUAUACCUCAUAAUAACAAUACUAAUAAUGUAAACAAAUCAAUUAAUCACAAGUACAAUCAACCAACACUAUCUACUAAUUCACAAUAUUCACCUAUCACUACUGGUCUAGCUACAUCAACUGUUCUCGCAUCACAAAAUAAUGCAACACAAGAAGUUAUCAUGUCAACUACAUCAUCAUCAUCACCAUUGUUAAAUAGAAAUAUGAAUCAAAGUAGUUCAUCCAAUAUGAAUCAUUCAUAUCAAAUGAUGAAUAUUCCAUCGGGAAAAUUAUCAAAACGGAAUGUCUGUGCAAACAAUAAUAUAUCAUCUACUUUAGCUUAUCCAUUCUCGUCUAAUUCUACCAAUGUUACCAUUACUACUACUACUACCACUGCUACUACAACUACUAUGUCCAAUCAUCAUAAAUCAUUUACUGAUUCAUUAUAUGUUAAUGGAAAGUUUCUAAAUGAUAAAUGCUCUAUAUCGACUAAUUCAUCUUAUCAAUCUACAUCAACAGUCCUUCCAGAGGAGUAUUAUCAAACAAAUUCAUCAUGUACAACAUUUAAUUCUGGUAAUGGAAAUAUACCUAAUGGAUUAUCAAAACUACAAAAUCGUGUUCAUUCUUCACAUUGUACUAUUAAUAAUGAUGUAAACAAUUCCACAAAUCAUUAUAUUCACAGUCAACAAUCACAACAUCAUCAACAGUUGAAUUCACAUAUUGUUCAUCAAUUUAAUAGUACAACAUCGUUACAACCUCGUUCAUCUUCUGAUUGUCCAUCGAAUUCAUCGUUUAUUCAUGUACAAUCAAUGAAUUUGGAUCCACAAACAUUGACCAUAUUUAAUCAAUUCAAUAUUGUUGAUGCCAAUCAAAUACCAGGUUAUCAUCCUAUUUCAUCUAAUCUGCCUGAUUGGAAAAUUCAUCGAUUAGAAAGAAAAAAUCGUGAUACAGCUAAUAUUUAUGCAGAUGAAUUAAAGAAAUGGGGUCUUGUACCACAUUGGAAACGUGAAUUAAUUGAAAAGAAACAAUUGAAUAAAAUGGAAACAAAUCCUCAUCAAUCACAACAUUACAAUAAUGAUACAUCAUUAACAACAACAACAAAUGAAUUAGCUGAAAAACUUCAACGUCGUUUAGAUAAAGUUACUAAAGCAACGAUUGAAUAAUUUCAGCAUUGAAUUCUGUAUUAAUGAAGUAACCAAGGUUUCUUCUUAUGAUUAUUAUUAAUAAGGUAUUACAUAAUUCUUAAUGGUGUUCACUAAUUAUUCUUUAUUUAUAUGAUUGAUCUUUAUUUUCUGGCUACGGAAUACGCUUGUUUAAAUAAUAGUUUUAACUUAUUCUGUUUCUAUGGUGCCUUUUAUUUAGUAUUCAGGUAACUGUGUAGUAUUAUUAUUAUUAAUAGUAGGGUAUAACAGCUAUUGUGAAGUGUAUACCUGUAAGAACUAUUAUUAUGCUUUGUGCUACUGAUGUUGACAGAUAUAAGUAGUAUGUAUAUUGUUAAUCGAAAAUAGGAAUGCUUGACGUCAGUAAGUUGAGAUCAUCGAAGAGAAGAAGAAGAAGAACAACAACAACCAAUGAUUGAUAUGGAAACGAAGGAAUCAUCAAAUCUAAGCCAACAACUAUUAUGAAGUGUAUACUUGUGAGAACUAUAGUAUAGUAUAGUAUGUGCUACUGAUGUUGACACAUAUAAGUAGUAUGUAUAUGGUUGAUCGAAAGUAGAAAUGCUUGAUGUCAGUAAGUUGAGAUCAUCGAAGAGAACAACAACAACAACAACAACAACAACAACGAAUGAUUGAUAUGAAAACGAAAGAAUCAUCAAAUCUAAGACAAUGAAUAAAUAUCUCUACAAUUCAAUUAUUUACUGUAUAAUCCAAUAAGAUUUCAAUAAGACAUUCUAUUCUUUUGUGUAUUCUUAUUCAAUACACUAAUCAUGCUUUAUGAACCCUAUUCAUAAUCGAAUCAACAUCAUUGAUGAUGUUUGUUUUUUUGUUUUUCUUUUCUCUUUGAUAUUUCAAUGCUAUUGAAUAUUGAUCAUUUGUUUGUUUGAUCGAUUCAUUGAUUUGAACAUGAUUGAUUAUGGAUCUAUUUUAUUUCGUCUUGAAUAAAUUUUAUCUGAAUACUAUUGACAAUCAUAUUAAAUUAUUAACUUUAUAUUAAUACUUCUAUAAUAAAUCGAUAAUGAUAAUCAAUCAUUAAUAAUUAUUCAAAUAAUGACAAUCAUUUCAAUGAUUAAAAAAAAAAAAAAGCUUUACUCUUUCCAUUCUAUGAAUCUUCAAAUGACGUACAUUUGUUUCAUUAGUUGAGUUAAUUUUAUUAAUGAUUGUAAUAUUCUUCAAAGUUUAUAAUACAUAUUGGUUGUGAGGACCGUGAGAUGAUAACAACCGAUGGUUAAAGACCUUGAAUGACAUGGUUGAAAAUCGUUUGAAAUGAUGUGAGCAGGUGCAUCCAUUCUUUGUAGUCUUCCAAAUUUUGAUCUUCUGAUUCCUUUUUGUCUCUUUUUUCUCUUUCCAAAUUUAUUUCACUGAAUUAUACCCAUUGAAUAACAUCUUCAAACCCUAAUCUUUCCGAUUACUGCUUAUACUUUUACUACCUCUACCACUAUGGGAUUUGAAUCGACAAUUGUAUCAGUGUGGUAAUAUGGUAUGACAACUCAAACUGAUGUACGUAGGUACGAAGU